AUGGCUGACGCAGGCUUCUUCAAGGGCACGUCCGCCGACCAAGAUCGGCGGUUUUCCGACAAGGAGCUCAAGCUUCUCAAAACAAUGAAGUUCCCUUCCGAGUUUGACAAAAAGGUCGAUAUGCGAAAAGUCAACUUGUCAGUCAUACGACCAUGGAUCGUCAAGAAAGUCGUCGAGCUCGUCGGAUUCGAAGAUGAGGUGGUUGUGGAAUACGCGAUGGGUCUACUCGAGGAUGACUCCCAGCCGACACCAGACCCGCGCAAAAUGCAAAUCAACCUUACUGGCUUCCUCACCAACUCGACCCCCGCUUUCAUGACCGCUCUCUGGACCCUUCUCCUUGAAGCACAAGAUUCGCCUGCCGGUGUCCCACGCACUUUCGUCGAAGAGAAGAAAGAGGAGAUGCGCCUUGCCCGCGCUGGCGACACACGUGCCAUCGAGGAGCGCGACCGCCGGGCGCGGCUUGACGACGAGGAAGAGGCGGUGGUGGUAGAGGAUUCGAAGAACGAGGGGACCGUCCCAGAGACAGUGGAUGGGGAGCUCGAGGCGGGGAGGAGGCCGUCCCCGUUCACCCCCACCGCGUUUAUCACCCCCACGCCGCCGUCGUUCCCCCUCCGACUCUCGGAGCUCUCGCUCUCGUUCUCGCACACCCCGCCGCCUUCGCUCGCCUCCCCGUGGAGGUCGUUCGCCUUCCCGCACACCCCCUGCUCGUUCUCCUCAAAGACGCAAGCGUCGCUCCCCUUCUCGCUCUCCCUCGCGGUCGCGAUCGCGCUCCCGGUCCCACCCCAAAAGACGUGGUGGCUCUCCGGGACCUUCACGCGACCGGCACUCUCGUAG